UAGUUAUGGUGCGCAGGCUUAGUUGCCCCAUGGCAUGUGGGAUCUUAGUUCCCUGACCAGGGAUCGAACCUGCUUCCCCUGCAUUGGAAGGUGGAUUCUUAACCACUGGACCACCAGGGAAAUCCCUGUACAGGUAAGUCUUAAAAGUCUUAUUUUAUAAGGAGGAAAGUGUUCAGUUAUAGACUCUGCUCUACUUUUGUGUCCCAAGUCAGAGCUAAGCCAAUGUAUCACAGGCUCGAAUCUCCCUGAACUCACCCCUCCCAUGCUUCCCUGCCCCAACCUGCAGCCAUACACUGCUGAAUCCCUGGUCCCAUGAGCCUUGCUUCCUCAAUAGCCUCUGAAGAGGCUAUUCAAGUUCCAUUGGCUUGAGGCCCUUGAUGUACUGGCAAACUAACACACCAGCAAGGCUAACAUGUCUCGAGCCAUUGAUGCCCAUGGAGAGCAGAGCAGGAGGGGCUGGUGGGCAGGGAGGACCCCAACACACUGCACAGGUGAGGCUCUGGGGACCUCCAGAGCCCAAAGUAAAAAGUUCCUGAAAAAUUGUUGGAGAGGAGUGUGAAGCUGAGCUCACCUGCAGUCUCAGGGAGAUCACAUCAGCUCCUGGACUUCAGCACCUUGUCAACCACAAGCCUGUUCUCUAUGUCUCUGCAAUCAGGUCAUCAUCUUAGUGAUCAACAACAUUAUUCUUCUCUCACCCAACCCCACUCCCACCCCCAUCAGCUGACUCAGCAGAGCCAGGCACCUCCAGGAGAGGUCCGCUAACUCGGGGCAGCCAAAUGAGGAAAACGCGUCUGCUUCUGGAUGGAACAUGCUGGAAGUUGGACAGGUUCACCCCUUAUUUACCACGCUUACAAAUCAGUUGGAGAAAUCCCAGAUUUGUGGCAAGACAGAGGGUUUGUAAACCAGAAAGAGAAGCGAGGGCUGCCAAGCAUGGACCGGCUUCCAGGGGAUCAGCAGAGCUGCAGCUCCACAGAUGAGAUGAGGCCCAUGGAUACAGUACGGAUUGCAGCUGUGGGAGCUGGUGUGAUGGGGCUCUCCACCGCGGUGUGCAUUUCCAAACUGGUCCCGCGAUGCUCCAUUACAGUCAUUUCAGACCGGUUCACUCCCGAGACCACGAGUGAUGUUGCAGCCGGAAUGCUUAUUCCGCCUGUCUAUCCAGACACACCCAUUCACAAGCAGAAGCAGUGGUUUAAAGAGACCUUUGAUCACCUGUUUGCAAUUGCCAAUUCUGCAGAAGCUAAAGAUGCUGGUGUUCUCCUGGUGUCUGGUUGGCAGAUAUUUCGGAGCAUUCCUACUGAGGAAGUGCCAUAUUGGGCUGAUGUGGUGCUGGGAUUUCGAAAGAUGACUGAGGAUGAGCUGAAGAAAUUCCCCCAACAUGUGUUCGGUCAGGCUUUUACGACACUCAAAUGUGAAGGCCCUGCCUACCUCCCAUGGUUGGAGAAAAGGCUAAAAGGAAGUGGGGGCCUGAUACUCACACGACGAAUAGAAGACCUCUGGGAGCUUCACCCAUCCUUCGACAUUGUGGUCAACUGUUCAGGCCUUGGAAGCAGGCAGCUUGCAGGAGACCCGAAGAUUUUCCCAGUGAGGGGUCAAGUGCUCAAAGUGCAGGCUCCCUGGGUGAAGCAUUUUAUCCGAGAUGGGAGUGGGCUGACAUACAUUUACCCUGGUAUAUCCAAUGUAACCUUGGGUGGAACUAGGCAAAAAGGAGACUGGAAUCUGUCCCCAGAUGCAGAAAUUAGCAAAGGGAUUCUUUCCCGAUGCUGUGCCCUCGAGCCCUCUCUCCGUGGAGCCUGUGACAUAAGGGAGAAGGUGGGCUUGAGGCCCUCCAGGCCAGGUGUGCGGCUGGAGAAAGAGCUCUUAGCCCAGGGCAGCCGGAGGCUGCCUGUGGUGCAUCACUACGGCCACGGUAGUGGGGGCAUAGCCAUGCACUGGGGCACUGCUCUGGAGGCCGCCAGGCUGGUGAGCGAGUGUGCCCAAGCCCUCAGGACCCCUGCUCCCAAAUCAAAGCUGUAGGCAUGAAAUGACAGCAAAUGGCCCCAGAAACUAUUAAUCAAAAUAUAACUUAAGUACCAGAAGUGAUUCAAAUAACUUUUCCAUAGAAUGAAAGUUUAAUUGGACAUGGCUUUGCUUUCAAAAUUAGAAAUGAUGCAAUAUGUAUCAGUAGACUUAAGAUUAGU